CUGAGUCAUUUGACGCUACAUUUGACGCCACAUUUGACGCCAUGAGCUCUUUGGUCGCGGAGUAUGCAAGGAAGGCCAGGAAGGCCUGCUUUGGUGGCCAAGCUACGUGCAGUUGCCAGAGGUCGCCUCGGCGACGUGGACGGCGCUGUGGCUGCCCUGGAACUCUUGGCGCCAGAUGUGUUGCCAACACUGCCGCCACGUCAGCUGGCCUUAACUACGUGGUCCUUGGCACGUUUGGAGGCAGAUGGCCUCGCGACGGCCUCCGAAGAUGUCCUCAGCCGCGCCAGCGAGUUCGAUGUGCACGAGCUUUCGAUGAUGCUGUGGGCCUUUGCAUCGGGACCCGACAAGCGGUCUCCAUGGUGCCACAAAGUAGAUGCAGAUCGGCCUGAUCGGAAGGAGGUGGCAAAGCAGCUCAUGGAUGAAGCUCUGAGAAAGCUGGCAGAAGCAUCUAUGGCUAAUUUGGGCAAUUUGUUGUGGGCCAGCGCCACCUUGAACGGCAUAAACCUCGUUGAAGUAGCAGAGCGGGCUGCGGUUCGCAUGUGUGAGCCUGCUUUUCUGGAAGCAUCACCACAAGGAGUUGCCAAUAUGGCAUGGGCCUUGGUGUUUGCAUCGCCUUCCGGGAUGCACCAAGCACUGACUCGAGCUGCAGAAGUCGCAGAGCUUCGCACUCCAGAGUUCCGUCCCAGAGACUUGGCAGCUCUUGGAUGGGCCUUGGCGGUGGCUGCACAGGCUGAACUGGUGCCAGAACUGUGGCUUCGAGUCGCACAUGCUUCCCUUGAGGCAGCUCUUGAAGCUCCUCAUGGACGCAAUAGUGGAAAGCUUUUGGCGCAGACAGCCUGGGCGUGCGCAUCGAUCCGGACGUCUUCGGAGCCCUUGUGGAACAGGCUAGCAGCUGGGUUGGCUCACUGCGCAGGAGACAGCUUAUCGAGCCAGGAUGUGGCUAAUGGAAUUUGGGCGCUGUCAACCAUGUCCUGCCAGCCAUCCUCACUGGAGGCGUUGGUUGCCGUGGCGCAAGGCCGAAUUCAGAGCUUCGAGCCAAGACAGCUUGCGGCAUGCGCAUGGGCACUCGCAACAACGAGAGAUCAUUCCAGCAGUUGGUUGGAGGCCCUGGCCUCCGCAGCGGCUGUAGCCACUAGCCCUGGUGCUUUGCCGCUGCUGGGUGCCAGCGCUUGGGCACUGGCAAGCUGUGACAAACCAGAAUUGCUGCAGGCAUUGCUGCCGACCAUUGCUCCUCUGUUGAAGUGUGCUGACAGCCCAUCACACGAAGCAAUGCUGCAACUGGCAUGGUCUAUCUCCUUGAGCGGCUUGAGCACUUCACAGAGGCCAUUGUUGGAUAACAUCGAAGAGCUGCUUCGUUUGGAAGGAAAACUCCGGGAUGGUACGAGGAGUGACAAAGUGAAUCCUCUGCAAAUCCCAGAGGUUCACCAAUGCUUCACCAAGGUGCUUGCCAUGGCGGAAUUGCCCCGCAUCGUCUUUCAGGAUAAAGAUCUGGUCAUUCUCUACAAGCCCAUUCAUUGGGAGGUUGAUGAUGGAAUCACUGGCAAACUAUCCUCAGGGCGACGACCUUUGCCUUUGUCAGCCUUCAUGCAGCAGCGCUUCCCAAACAGGCCCAUCUUGCACGACACCAGUCUUGGGUGUGGUUUUCAGGGACGCCUAGAUGUUCAAUCUUCCGGUUUGGUGAUGUGCGCUUUAACGUACGAGGCUUUUUUCUUGUUGCAGUUUAGGCAGGACACCCACGAUGUGGCACGCGAGUACUUGGUACUUUGCCACGGUUUGGUGCCACAGGAGUUGAACGAGAUCCGAGCACCUCUUUGGAGCAAAGAAUCCUCCAGCCGCGUGGAUUUCGUUCGUGGCGCAGCCGCCAAGACCCUCUUGCAGCCAAUUGCUUGGUUCAGAAGAGAUGGAUCUGAGAAUGAACACUACAGCUUGCUGGUGAUUUCCAUUGUGACUGGAAGAAAGCACCAGAUUCGCUGCCAUUUGGCGCAUGUGGGGCACCCUGUUGUUUGCGACGGGCGCUAUGCGGCAGAGGAGCUCUUUAAGGACGUGACGUGGUGUCCUCGCAAUUUCCUUCACCGCUUUCGCAUCGAACUCCCGGGCAUUGCAUCCAGGGAAAAGGUCGAAGCCUGCGAUUCGCUGCCCAGAGACCUGCAGCAAGUCCUGGGUCAGCUAAUGCCUGCCGAUCCAGCGUCGGCCGCAGUUCAAAAAGAUCUUGUCGCUGGGGAGGAGCCUGUGCCGUUUGCAGAUUGGCUUCUCGUCACAGAAAAACACAUGUCGGCUGCUUUGAGUUCCAUCGCUGGAGUCUGCACCAUUGUGGAGGCAAAACUAAGCAACAAAAAACCUGAUUGA